AUGGGAAAGCACUCCAUCAGUGUGACGGCACUGACGUCUCCAGGGAACAUUGGCCAGCGCAGCAUCCUGGGCUGCUCUUUCCAGCCCGACAUCCGGAUGGACAGCAUAGCAAUCCAGUGGGCCAAGGAGGGGGUAGCUGGGCUGGUUCACGAGUUUAAGGCUGGGAAGGACCACCUGCAAGAGCAAGACCCGUCAUUUCAGGGCCGCACAGCCGUGUUUGCGGACCAGGUGAUUGGCGGGAAUGCUUCCCUGGAGCUGAGGGAUGUGCAGCUCUCUGAUGCUGGCACCUACCAGUGCUCUGUCACCACAGCCAGAGGGAGUGGAGCAGCAGUGCUGCAGUACAGGACAGGAGCCUUCAGCAUCCCCGUGGUGCAGGUGGAGAAGAGCAGCCGUGGGGACACGCUGCAGUGCGAAGCCCCACACUGGUUCCCUCGCCCUGCCAUGCGCUGGACAGCCUACGGUGACACUGGGGAGCACCUGCCCCAUGCUGCCAACACCAGCUACGAGCUGAACCCCGAAAACACCACUGUGAAGGUGGUUUCCCUCCUGCACAACAUCACUGCCAAUGCCACCUACAUCUGCGUGGUUGAAAACAGCAUUGCCAAGGCUAUGGUCAAUAUCAGAGUGACAGGUAGGGUUCAGCAGCACCCCGAGACCAUAGGCACGGGGGAGAGGAGAGUUUCAGUAGUGUUCCUGGUGCACCAGGGGGUUCCUGCAGCAGCUGUGUCAGGCAAGGAAAAGACUGAAAGCAUGGCUAAUCCAACCAGUUCUCUGUCCCUGGGAUGA